CGACAUUUUACGUGUAUUUGUGCAUGUUCUAGUUUUCUGUUAUCAACCAUCAGAGACCUAUUAUUGCUCUUGAAUAGUCAGCGGAAAAGCUAGCGAUCAGAAACGUAUGAAUUGUCCUGAGGGGUGUAUCACAUGCAGGAUCGUUAGUUACCUGCUUUAAAUUAUGGCGCCGGAUGCUGAGGCCAAUCCACCAUUGCGCACGAGGAAGCGAAGAGCACAUAAAAAGUCGAGAAACGGCUGCAGGAACUGCAAGUUAAGGCGAGUCAAGUGUGAUGAAACCAAGCCAUCGUGCAAAAACUGCGAUAGAUUUAUGGUGGCGUGUAACUACGAUACAAAGCACGCAGACCUAGAACCUCAGUACGCGCGCACUUCAGAUCAGCUGAGGGCUUUGCCAAUCCUUGAUCCUGUCUCACUGAAUGCAGCAUUGCUGGGCAUGAUCAAUAGCUCGCUCUUGACAAAUUAUCCCCAAGGAUAUGGCGAACCAUUGCAGCUGGAACUUUCAGACCUUGAUAAGCUGAGGCGGUGGCAGAACCGCACAGUGCUAACCAUCGGAUCACCGGCCGUAGCAAGGAUAUAUCAGAAGGAGAUUAUCAAGUCUGUGGCGAAGUACCCAUACCUCAUGCAUUCUGUCCUAGCUUUAACAACAAAACACGAUCGCUUCUUAUCCUCAGAUCCUAAUGGUGAUCCAAAAAGCAAGGCUCUAGAGUACUUCCAUUACGGGAGAUCCGCAUCUUUGUUCAACCAAACCCUAUCACAACACAAAGAGUCGAACAGUUCAACGGAAGACGAUGCACUAUGGAGCACUGCAGUAUUCCUCGGGAGUCUUGCCUCGGGUACGGUCGAUGGUGAUUCUCCCGAAGAUGUGUGGCCACUCAAGGAUGGCACAACAGGGGAAGCACUUGGAUGGCUGAAAGUGCACGAGGGUUUGCGGUUGCUCUGGUAUCUCUCUCAGCCAUUCGCUCAAGGUCGGAUGUUCCACGAAUUGGUCAAUACACCGGACCAUAGGUUUAUGAUUUCGAAACUAGACCCCUACAUUCAAAGUGGGAUCGAGGGUGUGCCAGAUGACUUCGUAGCGCUCUGCGGCUUGAACGAAAAUUCGACCGUCGAGAACAAUCCCUAUCAAAAGGCAGUAAGGACAUUGAUACCACUCAUCGAUCUUGACUGGAACGGUGCAAACAGGCUAAAAUUCAUGGGAUUCACGGCCAUGAUGGAUGCGCGCUACAAGCAAUUACUUAGAGACAAAGACACCGCAGCGCUGGUCCUGCUCGCCUGGUGGUACGCGCUGGUGCUCCGCAGUCCAUGGUACAUGUCCAAAAGGGCCAAGCUCGAGUGCAAAAGCAUUUGCAUAUACCUUGGCAGAAGGUGCCCGGAAAACGAACUUGUGCAAAGGAUGCUAAGGUUCCCACGAAAGAAAACUGGACUUAUUGGGGAGGAGCAGCCUCCAGAAAGGAUUGAAGUACUCACGCCUUCUCCUUGGAAUGCGACGAAAUCUUAUGGAACAGAUACUGUGCUGUGGUUACGACCUCGGAUACUUGGUGAUGCGUAGUAAAUACAAAUCCAUCUUCGGAAUCUUUUUUCUUGGCAUAUGUGUCUUAUGUGUUAUUUGUCUAUGAUUUUGG